UUCUGUAGUUUACAUGGAUUUUCUGUAUCCUGCAUGAACGGUGAAUGUCUGGCAACCCGAGACUGGAUCUGAAGGAUGUUUGGUUUGUCGCUGUGACACAAAAACAGAACCGCAGAUUAAAUCUCACCAGCUGAAUUGGCACAAGGAGGAACUUUAACCAUGUGAUAAAUCACCAGUAAGAAUCUAAAGACUCGCUGCGCCGCUGCUUGACUUGAAGCCAGGUUGAAUCCCAGCCCACUCCGAUCAGCAGGUAGUCGAACUGCAUUGUGGGAAAUGUAGGCAGGAGUGCACCAAGUGAUGUUUAUCCCAGAGGUUUGAGUGGACACUCGUGAUGGAGUCAUUCUCUGGUUCUCUGAGACACGUCUUGGUGAGAUGUUGCUCCGUCUCCAUGCUGCGUUCUCGUCUUCCCGUCCUCACGUGGCUCCCUGCGUACAGUCUGACUUGGAUGAAGAUGGACAUACUGGCGGGACUCACCGUGGGGAUGACCACCGUCCCUCAGGCCCUGGCCUAUGCCGAGGUGGCCGGCUUACCUGUGCAGUAUGGUUUGUACUCGUCCUUCAUGGGGGGGUUUGUUUACUGUGUGUUCGGGACAUCGAAGGACAUCACCUUGGGCCCGACAGCCAUCAUGUCUCUGCUGUGUUUGUCCUACAUCAGAGGGGAUCCAGUCUAUGCUGUAGUGCUGACGCUGCUGUGUGGCAUCAUCCAGCUCACUAUGGCUUUACUCCGACUUGGUUUUCUGCUGGAUUUUAUUUCCUAUCCUGUUAUAAAGGGAUUUACGUGUGCAGCAGCUGUGACCAUCGGCUUCGGACAGGUCAAAAACAUUCUGGGUGUGAAGGACGUUCCUCAGCAGUUCUUUCUGCAGGUCUACUACACGUUCCACAAACUGCCUGAGGCCAGGGUCGGAGACGUGAUCCUGGGUCUGUUCUGUCUGUUUUACCUGGUGAUGAUGAUGAUGAUGAAGAGUUCUCUGGAUUCUGUUGAAGAUAACCCGUCACCUGUAGUGAAGGUGUCUCGGAGGUUUUUGUGGACGCUCGCAACCAUCCGAAAUGCGCUGGUCGUCAUAGCAGCAACGUGUGUUGCGUACUCGUUUGAGGUCUCGGGUCACGAUGUCUUCACUCUCACGGGGAAAACAGCUGCAGGACUGCCGCCUUUCUCAGCCCCGCCCCUCUCUGAGACGACAGCCAAUGGCACGCGCAUAUCGUUCAGUAAGAUCGCAACGGAUCUGGGAGGUGGUUUAGCUGUUAUACCACUGAUGGGCGUGCUGGAGAGCAUCGCUAUUGCGAAAGCGUUCGGAAGUAAGAAUAAUUAUCGCAUCAACGCCAACCAGGAACUAUUUGCCAUUGGACUCACCAACAUCCUGGGUUCAUUUGUUUCUGCGUAUCCCGUCACAGGCAGCUUUGGGAGAACUGCUGUAAACUCUCAGACUGGAGUGUGUACACCUGCAGGAGGUAUAGUCACAGGUGUGAUAGUGCUCCUGUCUCUGGCCUUCCUCAUGCCGCUGUUCUCCUUCGUCCCCAAAGCGUCUCUUGCAGCCGUCAUCAUCUGCGCCGUUGGUCCGAUGCUAGACUUCAGCGUUCCUCCUCGUCUCUGGAGAGUCAGAAAGUUGGACCUGCUGCCGUUCUCAGUCACCUUCCUGUUCAGUUUCUGGGAGGUGCAGUACGGCAUUGUGGGAGGUGUCGUGGUCUCAGGGUUCAUGCUGCUCUAUCAGAUGUCCAGACCUGAGCUGAAGGUGACGGAUCACGGCGUGCUGCUGAUGGAGCUGGGAAGUGGACUACAGUUUCCUGCUGUAGAGCACUUCAGUGGUGUCUUACACACACACGCACUGCACGUAUCCCCUCCUCGGUGUGUUCUGUUAGACUGUCAGCACGUCAGUGGUAUCGACUACACAGUGGUGAACGAAUUACGAGAUCUUUUGAAGCAGUUUAAGCUGCACGACGUCUCUCUGGUCUUCUCUGGACUGAAGAUCUCUGUGUUGGAGGUUUUAUUAGCUGCUGAUCUUCCAGGCUUCAGACACACAGACAGCUUAGAGGCGGGACUUCAGAUCCUCAUGACUGACACGCCUCUCCUCCAAUCAGCAGCGAGACCAGAGACUCACUGAAUACCUCGACGUCUCACCACGAGGCCUGUUUUAAAGUUUGUAGCAUCUGUAAAACUGACAAUGGGACCAAAUCAUUUUGCACAAAUGGAUGUAAACUGCAUCCUUUAUUUAGAAAAAGCACUAAAUAUUUUUCCUAGUUGAGAUUUUAAAAGAUUUACAACAACAGUUCUUUAAAGAACGCACAACUUGAGUGUGUAGUGUUUUUAGAGUUACUAUUUUAUUUCCUCAUUUCUGUUGAUUGUUGAUUGUUAAACAGAUUCUGUACUUUUAUUUUUGGAGGUUUUGACGCUACGUUUUACUGCCACGAUGUCCUGGAUCCGGAGACCACGUGUCUUGUUUAUGAAAUAUUUCAGACAUUUCUUUCUUUUCUUAACUGACCAGCUGCAUUUAAUGCUUUUAAAACACUGAUAAAAAUAUUUAACUCUUACUUCUUUCUACGCACGAGGAAAAAUACAAAGAUGUGUAACGGGAACAUUUUCACCUUAAACUGAACUUAAAGUAAAGUGACACUGACUCCAA